AUGGCCUCUCCCAAAGUCUGGUUCAUAACGGGGACGUCGUCAGGAUUCGGAAGAUGCAUGACAGAGUGCGCACUCAGCCAAGGAGACAUCGUGGUAGCGACCCUCCGCAAGCCAGAAGCCUUAUCCGAUCUCGCAACUCGAUAUCCCGCAGAAAAACUCCUCGUGCUCAAAGUCGACGUCGCGAAGCAAGAAGACAUCGACGAGGUGUUCGGACGGUUGGAUGUGGUUUUCAAUAAUGCGGGCUACCAGCUUGUCACUGAGGUGGAAGGCAUGCCUGUUAAUAAAGCGCGUGAGAUGUUCGAGACGAAUUUUGGGGGCUCGACGAAUGUUAGUCGUGCUGCGGUCAAGUUUUUUAGGGAGGUGAAUGAACCUGGGAAGGGGGGAAUACUUCUCCAAGUCAGUUCGGCUGCUGGCUUUAAUCCGCUUCCUGGAUUGGGUUAUUAUGCUGCGACUAAAAAUGCACUGAAGGGUUUCUCGGAGGGCCUAGCGAAAGAGUUGUCGCCUUCGUGGAACAUAAAGGUGCGUUACCCCUAA